AUGUAUGAAAUUUUCCAAAGUACUUUAAUAUCCUUCUUUCAGGAGGUGACCCACUGUCACCUUGAACUACCACAGUACCUGAAGACCUGGUUCAGUCCGCCAUUUUUUCUGAAAGUUUUCAAUGAUGCUCGAAUCAACCCUGGUGAUCGCGUCAUGUUUGAAUGUGUGCUUCUUGGAAAACCCAGACCGAAGGCAGUGUGGCUCUUCAACGAGUCCCCAAUCGUUUACGAUGAUAUCACCGUUUUUAACACGUGUGACGAGUGUCGGCUAACCAUCGCCCGGACUACCGUUAAACAUUAUGGAAAAUACACGUUAGUGGCCGAGAACGAGGCAGGCAAAUUAACUUGCAGCGCCUGGCUGCUGAUGCCACGAUCCUAA